UCCAUAGGACGUGAGUGCUGGCAGCAAAGGAGGGAGGGGAAGGGGGCUUCCAGACUGGUUGGGCCCAGCAAUGCCUUGAUGGAGUAUGGGCCAGGUUUUAGGAUUCUCCCAUUGCCAGGAAUAUGGCUCUGUGGCAUCCACGCCAGACUCAACGCCUCCAUGUACUGAUGGUGGAAAUGAGGAGUCAGAGAUAUAUGAGCUGCAAACAGCCAGAGAGUGGUCAGAUGAUGAGAUGGGAGAUGGCGAUCCAGAUGAUGAUGAGGGCCUGGCUUCAUCCCCAUCCAUCUGGGGCACCCCUCGUCAGAACUCUUUCGAGCUGACUUUUUCUUACAUCGCCAUCGCUGAGGCAGAGGCAGUUGGAGCCUCACGGAUUCAUCGUGAGCGCCGUAGGGGUGGUACUCGGGGAAGUCGCACUCCUUUGAUCCGAACAGACACUCUGGAAACCCUGUUGGACUCCCCUGAUGUAGAAUGGGACCCGCAGGCCUUCCUCAGUCGAGAGGAAGAAGAGGAAACAUCAGAGAGGAGGGACCAGAUGAGGGUUGAGGCGAGGACAGUGAGCUUUCUAGGACAAAGGGAAACGGAGCAAACGGAUACUAUCACAAUUCAGCCCUGUCCCCAAAUCUUGGAUUCAGAAACUCAAGGAAGAGACGCAGGAGUCCAAAGAGAGGAGAGCAUGGGCCAGACUUUCCAACCUCCCCACUCGACCCAGUCAGCCCAGGGACAUAGCCCCUCACAGAUGAUUCAGGCAGCAGCAGCCUCACCAACCUCUGAGCCCGAGUCUCCCAUCACCAGGGAAACCAUUUCAGUGAAGCUGUUCACAUCUGUGCAACCCAAAGGUCCAGUUUUCUCCUCACCAUCUGUCAUUGGCCUUAACUCUCAGGAACAGCUGGUCUGCGAUCACUUGUUAUCAGCACUUAACCCACUAGAAGACCAAACUGUAUGCAGCCACAUAGCAGUGAUGGACUUGAUCUACUGGAAGGAUAUGGAGCGAACCGGCAUGGUGCUUACAGGGUUGGUAGUGGGUUUACUCUCCCUGUUCCAGCUCAGCAUCAUCACAGUGGUCUCCACCAUCUCCCUGGCCAUCAUGUGCUUCACCAUCUCAGUCCGCAUCUAUUACCAGUUCCUCUAUGUCCUCAGCUGGGGUGAUGGAGUACAUCCAUUCAAGUCUUAUUUGGACUUGGACAUCAGUUUUAGUGGAGAGCUGGCUGACAUCUACAUGCAGAAAGUCAUCGUUAUGACUCUGUCUGCUGUUGAUGCUCUGAAAAAGCUGUUUUUUGUUGCAAACCUUUUUGAAUCCCUUAAGCUUCUAUUUCUGAUGUACCUUGUGACGUACCUGGGAGACCUGUGCAAUGGCCUUACUCUGCUUAUCAUCAGUGUGAUUGCUGUCUUCUCUCUACCACUUUUCUACAAACGACAUCAGGAAGAGGUCAACAGCUUCAUUGCAAAAAUCCAGGCCCAAGUCGACGAUGUCAAAGAAACUCUGCGUAGACUGGUCCAAGGUGGUGGCCCUCCUCCUGAUCCAACUCCUGGUGGUGCCAAACCCAAACUGCAGUAAACACCAAUGGAAAGCAACUUUCAGAAACGCUACAGGAGUUGCAGACUGUCAGUCAGAUGUCUUAGCAGUCUGUGCUCAGAGCUCCAAAGGAUGAAGCUCCAGAGUGGGGAAGGGAGGUUAUUUAAAAGAGAGAGGAUGAGGAUUGUUCAUGGUACUGUUUACUUCUUAAGUCAUGGGGGUUAGAGAAUGGGGUUGCGAUAAUUCUUCAAGAUGACAUCAAGGCGUAUGAGUCCUGGGUGAAACUCUUGCUGCUGAUGUCAGAGAGAGACAUCGUUUUAGGAAAUAAUGUUUUUAAAAUGUAAAAAAAGACUCAUGAAGUGUCUUAGGUAGAGCUGUAGUCCAAAUGAGGUACCAAGACCAGACGUGGGAAGUUCUCACACUGACAGCUACAUAUCCGAAAACAAGGGAGUCAGGAAUUAUGGUGAUUUAUAUAAGGGGUCAUUAUUAAACAUGGCAGCGUAAAACAGGCAGUUUAUAAAUGCAUGUGUAAGCACAUGUUUAUUUCUGAAUGCAUAUUCAUUCUUAUGACUGUUUAUCUAAGUGUAUGCAAGUGUGUGAGUGAGGUGUGAGUAAGUGUUUGUGUGUGUGUGCGUGUGCGUGUUAUUCCUGACAUGCAGCUUGCUGAAAUGAAAAUGUUGCCCACAAACAAUUAAAGUCACAUUUCUUCUUUAUUUUUCAAGCCGUUCUGUUUCUUUUCCACUUCAUUCACAACAUCCCUCUUUCUGUUUUUCACCUCAUCGCUCACAGUUCACCAGUGGAAGCAUUUUUUUCUCAUUUUAAAAGUAAAUGGAAAAUUGAAAAAUACUCAGAAAGAUAAAUGACAUCUGCAACAGGUUCAGUCAUUGCAAGAUAAGUGCAAGGAAAUGACAUCAGCAUAAAGCUUUUCAUUAGCAGGAUGCCAGUGGGUUGGCAGAUGGAUGAUGAAGAAAAGUGCUAAGAUUUCAAAUACAUUAGAUCCUCCCUGUGCUCUUCCUCUGCUUAUCUCAUGUGUUAGAGGAAAUGUGAAGCAAUGUGGAAGUGAGAUACAGCAGGUGCCUUUCUAACUGCAGGUAAUAGUGCAUGAUUACAUUCACAGUGCUUACAAACGCUUACAGCAACUCCUCCUCCCUCAACAAACCACUUCUCAUGUUUACCUGACCAUCACCUCCUGCUGAAUGGUAAUUUGUAUGUAUACAGUACUCGUGUGAUAUACAUGGUUACAAGGUAUCUUAUACAGAAUUGUAAGUAGUUGAGUUUUAGAAAUAAUGAAAUUAUUCAGGAUACUCAGCGGUUUAGAGCCACGUUUCAUUUUGACUUUAAAAGCUUUAAAAGCUUGUUCAGAUAUUUUGUUCCUUUGCCUUAUUCCUUUGCACAACUUGUGAAUCCUGCAGAUAAGCAUUGAUAUGUUAGGAGACAUGAUCCAUGAAACCCAAACAUGAUGGCAUGUUAGCCUACUACACUGUGUGCUGCCAAUUAGAAAUGGACCCCAGUCGUUGCACACACACUUCCCUUCUUCUCCCUGUAUUUCUUUUUAAUACUAACCAAAAUAAAUAUGUACAGCACUAACCCAAAUAGUAAUGAUGAACACCUUCCAAUAAAUGACAUUAGACAUCUGUGAAAUCCUGGAUCAUCAACAUGGAUUGGCCUAUUUUCCCAUUUCUGCUGUGAAGUUCUGUUUAAAAUAAACUUCUUUUUUUU